AUGGAGUGCUGGGACAGCCUUCGCAGCGUGUUUCAUCUGGCAGAAGCUGACCCCAGGUCGGUGUACUACGUUCUGCAAGCCUUAUCGUACCUCGCUGUCUACUCAGCAGUCCUCGUCGGAAGUGGCGUCUCAUUGUGGCGUCUGGGCAGCACUUUGAGCAAUUGCGCGCUGCGUCCGACUCUCGUACCCCACAGGCUGUUCUUCUUCGUGCUGCGACACCUCGGGUAUCCGUCGGGAUGCCUACUAAUCCCAUCUUUCUUGCUUGCAGCGGCAUAUCCUGAGUGCUUUGGAGCGAGGCUGUUGGCCGCUGUCUGCGCCACUACGUUCCACCUCAGCGAUUGCAGCCGGACCGGAGCUCACAACGGAUACCUGAUGCUGUGGAACGUGUGGGCGUUCUGCGUCCUCCCCGUGCGGCUCAGCCUCGGGCUUGCCUUCGGCGCCGCGACGUGGUUCAUUCUGUCGAGCGGCCUCUCGAAGCUCUGGGUUGGCGGCGCUGGCUGGUGCUACCCAGAGACCAUGCGCGAAGGACAAACAGCUGCACAGGCACACAUGUUCGGAGGUCCGCGCUGA